GGGGGGGGGGGGGGGGGGGGGAAGACAUAGAAGUAUAGAAUAAACUGAACUGUUCGUUAUAUGCUCCUUUUUUGUGCUUUGAGAACAAUCAAGAGUUUUGUGGAACAUAAAUAGAGAGUGAUCAAGGUCGAGAAACAAGGUUUCAAAAGACGAGUUGAGUCGAGAAGCAUUUUCUUGACUCUUUUCUGGUAUUUUGAUGAGAUGGGUUCUCAAUUAUAUGCUUCUUCUCAAUGGUUAAAGAGAAAAAGAGAUUGAAUCUUGGAGGCAAAAGCAUAAACAUGGGUUUGUUCUACUUUCACCCUUUCGUCACUCUAUUUUUCGCACUCGCAACUCUGCAACAUGUCUGUGGAAACACCGAGUUGAGAGCUUUAAUAGAGCUAAAGUCAGCUUUAGACCCAACCAACAAGUUCUUGCAAUCAUGGGCUGCUGACGGAGACCCUUGUAGUGGCUCAUUUGAGGGGGUUGCUUGCAAUGAGCAUCGGAAAGUUGCUAACAUUUCACUGCAGGGAAGAGGUCUUUCUGGCUCAAUAUCGCCUGCGGUAGCUAAGCUAAAAUGCUUGUCAGGACUUUACUUGCACUAUAAUUCACUGUCUGGAGAGAUACCGAAAGAACUAGCGAAUCUGACAGAGUUGUCUGAUGUUUAUCUCAAUGUAAAUAAUCUUUCUGGUAGUAUCCCUCCCGAGAUCGGUGGCAUGGCUAGUCUCCAAGUUUUGGAGCUAUGCUGUAACCAGCUAACAGGGAGUAUACCUAGAGAGAUGGAUUCCUUAAAGAGGCUAACUGUUGUUGCAUUGCAAUACAACAGACUAACUGAUCAGAUUCCAGCCGGCUUAGGGAACUUGGGGAUGUUAAGAAGGCUUGAUUUGGGAUUUAAUAACUUGUCUGGUCCAAUUCCUAUAACAUUAGCUAAUGCUCCUCAAUUGCAAGUGCUAGAUGUCCGUAACAAUUCUCUUUCUGGGAUGGUUCCUUCUGCUUUGCAGAAAUUAAAUGGGGGGUUUCAGUUUGAGAACAAUAAAGGUUUAUGUGGAGCUGGUUUUCCAGAACUUAGAGCUUGCACUGCAUUCGACAAUAUGAACAUCAACCAAGUUGAACCCUCGGGAUCCAUCACAAACACUACCACCUCGAAAAACAUUCCGGUUUCUGCAAUUCUCCAAGCACCUUGCGAUCAAACCAAGUGUUCGAAUUCAUCAAAAUUCCCACAAGUAGCCAUCAUUUCAGGGGUUACUACAGCCACCAUUAUAUUAAUAGGUGUUGCAUUUCUGAUAAUUUUCUUUUACCGCCGCCAAAAGCAGAAAAUUGGCAAUAUAUCCGAGUCUUCUGAAGGAAGGCUGAGCACUGACAAGGCUAAAGAGUUCCACAGGGCCGGUGCCUCUCCACUUGUGAGUCUUGAGUACUCUGAUGGCUGGGAUCCAUUUCGUGGUUGCCGAAAUGGAGUUGGAAUCUCAGAGCCCAGUCUAAAUAACUUUAGAUUUAACCUGGAGGAGGUCGAGUCUGCAACUCAGUGCUUCUCUGAGGUGAAUCUAUUAGGAAAGAGCAGCUUCUCAUCUGUUUACAAAGGAAUACUUAGAGGUGGUUCUCUUGUAGCAGUUCGGAGCAUUAAUAUAACAAGUUGCAAGUCUGAAGAAGAUGAGUUUGUGAAGGGUUUGAACUUACUGACAUCCCUCAGACAUGAUAACCUUGUUAGGCUCAGAGGCUUUUGCUGUUCCAAGGGUAGGGGUGAAUGCUUUCUUAUCUAUGAUUUUGCUCCUAUGGGAAACCUGUCAAGAUAUCUUGAUCUAGAAGAUGGAAGCAGUCAUAUUCUCGAGUGGUCCACAAGGGUUUCCAUCAUCAAUGGCAUUGCAAAAGGUAUCGAAUAUUUGCAUAGAAGAGAGGUAAAUAAACCUGCUAUAAUUCACCGACGAGUAUCUAUUGAGAAAGUUCUACUUGACCAGGAAUUCAAGCCAUUGAUGGCAGACUCUGGCCUUCAUAAGCUUCUAGCAGAUGACAUUGUCUUCUCAGGCCUAAAAACAAGUGCUGCUAUGGGAUACCUAGCUCCAGAAUAUGUAACCACAGGACAUUUUACUGAAAAGAGCGACAUAUAUGCAUUUGGGGUGAUCAUUCUCCAAAUCCUCUCUGGUCAACAUAUGCUUUCCAACUUAAUGCGUUUGGCAGCUGCAUCUAGCAGAUACGAGGAUUUCAUUGACACCAAUCUCAAAGGGAACUUUUCUGAAUCAGAAGCAGCUAUGCUAUCAAAAAUUGCACUUGAUUGUACACAAGAGCUUCCAGAGCAGAGGCCAACAAUGGAGGCAGUGAUUCAAGAGAUGAACAAGAAGUAAUCCUGGUUUCUGAUCGCCACCACUCGUUCUAGAACAUGGAGAAGUUGAUGAUGCAAACAAGGUGAGCAGACCUCACUAAACUGCAGAGACUACUAGCACAAAUCAUUCAUACUAAUCGUCAAACGUGCGCCUUUUAAGGACUGGAAACUUACAGGAAAUAUAAGAAGAUGCAUGGCUUUUGUAAAAUUAGAGUCGAUUGAUAGGGUGCUCGAGAAGGAGAAAAUCCUAUGAUUUUAUUUUAAAUAAGUUUUCCCUUGAGCUUUACGAGAAAAAUGACAACCCUUUCACAUAAUCUCUAGAAAAAAAAUCUUAUUAUAAUUUUCACUGUUCAUUUCUUCUAUAAAAAUAGUUUACUGCGA